AUGAUGAGGACAAACCCGAACAUAGACACAGGAAGGACGUACUUCCAACACACCCACACGAACACAGCGCCGAGUAGCACCAAAGAGAAAAGGCACUACAAAGAGAAAGACCUAAAUUUAUGGACACCGUUGAACCAUACCGCCAAUUUAUGUCACGAACGAAUGGAUGGAAAUUUUUACGCCUACGACAUAGGAGCAACGGUUUUCAGGCUGCUAAAAUGUGUGCACAAAUUGCAGCAAAGGGAGGGUCCCAAUGUGGCUGGCCAAAGAAGCAAUGAAAACAUGUCCACCAAUUAUCAGGUGGACAAACUAUUUUACUGCUACAUUUCGAUUUAUAACAAUAUAAAUAAAAACUUAUUUUUAAAAUUAACGCUGGAGUUUUUAAAAUCCCCUGCAUUUCACAAAAAGAUAACACAAAAUGGCAGAUUUUAUCAGCAAGUGCUCUGCGAAAUAGUAAAGUGUGCAGAUGGCCCUGAAACAAGGGACAAAUCUUUUUUUUACGAAUAUGUAAUCAAAAUUUUAUCUGUCAUUUUGAACAAUAAAAACGCCUUCAACGACAUGUACGAAAGAAUAUUUUUCCACGAUAUAAUAAAAAUGAUACGUCGGGAAAAUAAUAUAAAUUAUUUUAUAAAAAAUUUCACGUUUCUAAUUUCGUGCAUUUCUUUGUAUAAAAGGAGGCUAAAAAAAGAGGUCCAUUUCAACAGGGCAGAAGAUAAUGUCCGAAUGGAGUACCUCGCACAGGACAAUCAGAUACUUCUCAUGCAGAAGAAAAAACAACUUUUACAAAAGUGCCUACCAAUUAUCCUUGACAUUUUUGACAAACUCCAGCAGUACAAUCACCUUAACGAUGUGGACAUUUGCAACAUUGUUGACUUCCUAAAUGAGUUUAAACAAUCUCAUAAAAUAAUAUCAGCCAUCUGUAAAGAGAUACACAAAUAUUUUAAGCCAUCAAGCGAUAUGAAGCAUUUAUGUUUGAUUUUGUACCUCCUGACACAGUCGAAACAUGAGGAAACACAGCUCACCCAGGUGGCCUACACACACGUGUACGAUAUUAUAUGUUGGAGGCGCAGUGAGUUGACGGAUCCGAAAAAUGUGAACCUUUUUCUCCUGGGCGUCACAAGAUGGCGCCGCAACGGGGGCAUCCAGCAGAGCACGGGUACCCUUGUUGAGAGGGGUACUCCUGUUAGAAGGGACAAUCUCGUUGGGAGCCACACCCGCAGUGGUGGUCAUCCGGACGGGGAUGCCGAAAGGCCACGGAGGAGGAAGAGGCAGAAGAAGAGCAUCCAUUCAGCAAAGUGUAGAAAUAUACUGCAAUGUUCUUAUGGAGCCAAAUGGAGAAGCACAAACCUGCAGUUAUGCCAAGUGGUGCGACACAAUUUUAUCAAAAAGCAGAAAAUGAAGAAGGAAAAAAAAAUGUACUUUUGGAUUAAACACCGCUUCUUGCAAUUUGUAAAAAAGGGACAGUUAAACAGUAAAUAUCUUAAAACGUUUUACCAAUAUUUUUUGCCGUACCAUAUAAGUAAAAAGUGCACGAGAAAGAAGAAUUAUAUAUCACCCCUAACGAUUGUAAAAAAGGUAGGAAAAGUUUGA